AUGUCAGAGGUACAGAAGGCUGAAGUCAGCAUUUGCUCAGAUGACUUGGUCACCAGUCGUAACUCCAGGUUUGAGGUAACGUGGGGUGCUGCUGAUAAGGGAAAUCCAAGAACCUGGCCAGUCUGGUACAGAUGCUUUGUUGUUGCUGCCACGUCCUUCUCGACCACAACGGUGAUCAUGUAUACCACAAUGUAUACCUCGGGUCUUGAAGGGAUGCAGGACGCAUUCAAAUCCUCAGAAACCGUGGUACUACUGGGUCUUACUACAAAUCUUUUCGGUCUCGGCAUCGGAUCAGCCGUUCUUUCGUCACUGUCUGAGAUCUACGGCCGAAGGCCUAUUUACAUCCUCUCCGUGUUACUCUUUGGCAUUUUUGUUCUACCUGUGGCGCUCGCAAAAAAUAUCGAAUCAAUCUUAAUUAGCAGAUUUCUCAGUGGUUUCUUUGGGGGAGUUUCGAUCUCGAGUGGACCAGGAAGCGUUGCUGAUGUGACUGAUGAUCAAUACCGUGCUCUGGCUUUGAGCUGCUGGAGCCUUGGGACAAUGAAUGGCCCUGUCUUAGGUCCCAUAAUUGGGGGUUUCAUCUUUCAGUAUCUUGGAUGGCGUUGGAUCAAUUGGAUCGUCUUGAUUUGUACCGGGGUCUCUCUCAUCUUGAUGUUUCUAGUCAAAGAGACAUAUGCACCUGCCCUCCUUCGCCAACGAACCAAGAAAUUGCAGAGAGACACAGGCGAUAUGCGCUGGUGGUGUCGAUUCGACCAUGAGCACACGGGGCUUCAAAUUCUGAAAACCAACUUGAUCCGUCCCGUUCGGAUGAUUUUCUUCGAGCCGAUUUGUGUCUUCUGGAACUUAUAUAUUGGAAUAGUUUAUGCUGUCCUUUUUCUAUGUUUCGUUGCCUAUCCCAUAGUCUUCCAAGAGCAUCGGAGCUGGUCUCCAAGUCUUGCAGGGCUAGGUUACUGUGGUAUCGGCAUCGGAACUGCCAUUGCCGUCGUUUCAGAGCCUCUGAUCCGAAAGGUUAUCAAUUUACACCGUUCAGACCCAAGCACGGGUCGACCAGCCCCUGAGGCUGCCGUGUGGGCAGUUUGUUUAGGAAGUGUCUUAAUCCCAAUAGGAGAGUUCUGGUUUGCGUGGACAGCUAAAUCAUCAGUCCAUUGGAUACUCCCGAUCCUAGCGGGUCUCCCAUUUGGAUUGGGCAACGGUCUGGUUUUCAUCUACGCAACAAACUACAUUGCUGGAAGCUACACAGUUUACGCGGCCUCGGCCAUGGCAGGAAAUUCAGUUGUCCGAUAUGGCCUUGGCGGCGUUCUCCCGCUUGCUGGUUCCAAGAUGUACCACACACUGGGCCCUAACUGGGCCGGGACUAUGUUGGCCAUCAUUGAGGUUGUAUUGAUCCCCAUCCCAUUCUUCUUCUACAAAUUUGGCCACAAAAUUCGGCUUCGUAGCCCUAUGAUUGUGAGUGAAAUAGGAAACGGGGCAUCUGGCAAAUGA